AUGUCUUCAGCGCCUGAAGCUGCAGCUUGGCCUUUGGCCGAUGCUGCUCUCACCCAGGAGCUGCUCGAUCUCGCUCAAACGGCAACCCACCACCGCCAGGCCAAACGGGGCGCCAACGAAGUGACCAAAGCCCUGAACCGUGGCACCUGCGAAAUCGCUUUGCUCGCUGCGGAUGCUGCCCCUCUUGCCGUCAUUCUCCACCUCCCCCUGCUUUGCGAGGACAAGAACGGCCCUUACGUCUUCGUCCCUAGCAAGGCGGCUCUCGGAAGGGCUUGCGGUGUCAGUCGCCCAGUCAUCGCUGCCUGCAUCACUACCAAUGAGGGAAGUGAGCUGGCUGGUACCAUCCAGGUGGUGCGAGACAAGGUUGAAAGGCUGGCUAUCUAG